UUUCCUGAAUACAAGGGAAUAUUUUUAAUCCAUUUUGUCCCCUCAUAUCCACUGCAAAUCCAAAUCAAAACGAAAUAAUCCUCAGAAUAAUCCGAAAUACCAUUAACGUAAUCAAAUUAAGGGAUACCUUUGUUUAUCCUAUAUACCAGAAAGUCCCUUCAUUAAUUGUUAUGUUAUUUCACAUUGGGUUAGAACCAGACAAUCAAAUCUAUGGCCUGUGACAAAAAUAGAUGAAACCAAUUCUUCUACGUAUAUAAAUACACAAAUCCAUUCAUGUUCUUCUCUUUGUCAUCUCAAUUCUUGAAAAAUAAUAUUCUUAUUCUAGUUCCAAUUCUCCCCUUUUGUUUCUUUGUGUAUAUACAAUUUUUACCUUUUUUUAUUUCAUUUUUACUUGUUGGGGUUUUGUCAUUUGGUUUGAAAAUGCCAACGGAAGGUGUCACGGUGGAGGAACCUGUUUUAUGUGGUUCACCACUCGGGUCAACACCAAGCUCCCCUAAGAGUAGGAUUAAAUUUUUAUGUAGCCAUGGAGGAAAAAUUCUUCCUCAGCCAGCUGAUGGCCACCUCAAGUAUGUUGGCGGCGAGACACGUGUUAUCUCCGUUCCUCGAGACAUUAAACUUUCAGAACUUAUGAAGAAGCUUACUCCCCAAAUUGAGGGUGACAUGGUUCUCAAAUAUCAAUUAGUACAUGAGGAUCUUGAUGCCUUGAUCUCAGUAAAAACAGACGAGGAUCUACGCCACAUGUUAGAUGAAUAUGAUCGUUGCGAAAGUGCAGGAAUCCCGAGGCUUCGCGCCUUUCUCUUCCCAGCAAAGCCCGUCGUGGUAGACCACCAUACAACGCCACCAGAACCUCUAGAACAACGAUAUAUUGAUGCCAUUAAUGGCAUAAUCCGUGCCAGAGAAGCAGGGAUUCGGGUACCACCUCUAAGCAUAAGCCAUGCUUCUUUUAACAUUUCCUCUGCUUGUUCUUCACCAAGAUCUCCUGAGAGUUGCACUACUGAUGGUGUUAUCCAAGAGUCUUUGUUACAAAGUAUUUUUCAGAAUAGAAGUCAAUUGCACAAAGUUCAGAGCUCACCUAGCUUUUACAAUGUCACUAGCCCGCAGCAACACGGUUUCCAUCAUACCCCUCAAUCACUGCAGCAGCAGCAACAUCACUCUUACAACUAUAGACAACCAAAUUACAAUGGGUACCAGUUAAGUAAACCUCCUCCAGGUCCUGGUGAUCCACUCAAAGGGCCAGAAAGGCUUGUUUCUGUUAGGUCUGUUGGACGAGCCGAGGGGUUAAGGUAUCAAGUGGAUCAUAACCAACAUUACUAUCAAUCACCCGCGAGACACAGCCGUGGUAGUGGCUGCUGUACGAAAUGCAUGCACUACGAUGACUAUGGCCAUUGUGGGGAAAGGAGAAAUGGAAGUAUAUCGCCGGGCAGUUACUCUAUGGAGAUAGGAAAUGGUUGUCCUUCUCCAGGUGGUUACUCUGUGGAAAGAAGAACCAGUAGUCUUUCUCCCAGUCCCAUACCACUGAGUCCUCGCUUCUCCAAUAUGGCUGCCUCAGGGGAUACUUGAGACUCUUAUCUGCUCUACAAAUCUCAGCUUUUUCUGUAUUUAACUUCUGUAGUGUGAGCCAAUGGAGACAACACUACCUUCUCAUGCACAUAAGUUUUGAAAGAGCUUUUCUUAAUUAUUUGUAUAGUAAAAAAUUACUCUAUAAUCAAAAAGUGAUGUACAUCUAUCUUUUGUGUUUUACCUUUGGACUUUGUAUAAUAAAGCUGCCCUGUGUAUUCCAAUCUACAAAUUCUGUUGGCAUUUGUCCAUAAAACGAAUACUUGAAUCCAGAUAUGAACAAGAACUGUGAGAUGAGCUUGGAAAGAGAAAUCUACACUAAUUUAUUGUUGGCACUAAUUAUUAAGAAUUAAAUUCAAAUUCAAUCACUCCAAUAACAGCAAGUCUGCGACUGAGAAAACAAGUAAUCAAAAGCACAAGGAACUUUAA